UAACAAAUUUUUCCAACUCGACCUGCAUGUCUAGUAGUAGUAGAAAAAGAUGCUAUACUAUACACGCAUAUUACUUUACAAAUAGAGUACUAUGAAGAGAGAGAGAGAGAGAGAAGAGAAGCCAUUACGUAGUUAACUAUUUGGAGCUCAACCAUAAAUCAUAGCAGCGUAGCUGCACAGAGAGCAUAUUUGUAAAGAGGUUCGGUUUUUGGUGAGCUGUUUUAUAUAUUUUAUUUUUCUUCUAUACACAGACACAUGGCCCUCUGUCCAAUCGCAAUAAAUCCCCGUUACCCUUUUAUCUCCUCUUUCUACCACCGUUCUUCUUACCCUCAGCGAUGUGGGAUCAUAGGGUGAAAUGAAAUCAUGAGUCUCCUCUUUCAAACUCUGAUAAUCUCAUUGGUUCUUGUUAACCAAUGUUGUGCUCUAAGUAGAGACGGUGUUUUGUUACUCUCUUUCAAGUACGCUGUGUUAAACGACCCACUCUACGCUCUCGCAAACUGGAACUACAGUGACGAGACACCGUGUUCCUGGAACGGAGUUUCUUGUUCCACGGAAAACCGCGUCACAUCGUUGUUUCUUCCCAAUUCUCAGCUUCUAGGUUCGGUUCCUUCCGAUCUGGGUUCUAUUGAACAUCUUCAAAUUCUUGACCUUUCCAACAACUCCCUUAACGGGUCUCUUCCUUCGUCUCUCUCCCAAGCCUCCGAGCUUCGGUUCCUUAACCUCUCCAACAACCUUAUCACAGGUGAGGUUCCGGAGUCCAUAACUCAGCUUCGGAAUCUUGAGUUUCUUAACCUCUCCGACAAUGACUUGGCGGGAAAAUUGCCUGAAGGCUUUUCCAACAUGCAAAACCUAACUCAGGCUUCGUUCAAGAACAAUUACUUGUUCGGCUUUCUUCCCAGCGGGUUAAGAACGUUGCAGGUUUUGGAUCUGUCUGCAAACCUCUUGAACGGUUCUCUUCCCACGGAUUUCGGCGGUGAUGUCAUGCGUUACUUGAACAUCUCCUACAACAGAUUCUCCGGCGAAAUCCCGACGGAGUUCGCGGCGAGGAUUCCGGGAAACGCCACCGUUGAUCUCUCUUUCAACAACUUAACCGGCGAAGUUCCUGACUCCGCUGUAUUCACGAAUCAGAAUUCGAAGUCUUUCUCUGGCAACGUUAAUCUGUGUGGAGAAAUGACAAAGAACCCAUGUCCUAUUCCUUCUUCGCCGUCGUCGGAACCGAAAGCUUCCGCUCCUAUUUCUCCUCCUGCAAUCGCCGCAAUCCCGAAGAAUUUAGACGAUUCUCCGCUGGCGCCGACGGGGCAGAAACAGAGUGGUCUCAAACAAGGAACGAUCAUAGGAAUCGUGGUGGGAGACGUCGUCGGCGUCGGAAUCUUGGCCGUGCUGUUUGUCUACGUGUACCGGUUGAAGAAAAAGAAGGAGGAGGAGGGUUCAAAGACGAACAACGAAGCGGCUAUAACAAGGAGCAGAAGCGAGAGUUCUUCGUCGACAACCUCGGAGUCAAGAGGCUUCACGAGGUGGUCGUGUUUGAGGAAGAGAACGGAAGAGGAAGAGUCUUCGGAGACAACAAGCUCUUCCGAUAGCGACUUGGAGGGUGCCGCCGCCGCAGGACAGAAUAACCAGAAUCUUAAUAAUAAUCACAAUAAUAGUAAGGGUCCGCAACAAGAGAACAACAAAACGGGGACUCUUGUUACGGUGGACGGUGAACGACAACUCGAGCUCGAAACGCUGCUGAAGGCUUCGGCGUACAUAUUGGGCGCCACGGGGUCCAGCAUAAUGUACAAGGCCGUGCUCGAAGACGGCACGUCGUUGGCGGUUCGGAGAAUUGGCGAGAGCGGCGUGGAGCGGUUCAAGGACUUCGAGAACCAGGUUCGGGUUAUUGCUAAACUGGUGCACCCUAAUCUGGUUCGCGUUCGGGGAUUCUAUUGGGGACACGAUGAGAAGCUCAUCAUCUACGACUUCAUUCCGAACGGUUGCCUCGCCAAUGUUCGUUACAGGAAGUUGGGGCUAUCGCCGAGUCAUUUGCCGUGGGAAAUCCGGCUCAAGAUAGCAAAAGGGGUGGCACGUGGGCUGGCUUACCUCCACGAGAAGAAGCACGUGCAUGGAAACUUGAAGCCUAGCAAUAUUCUGUUAGGCAACGACAUGGAGCCCAAGAUUGGAGACUUUGGGCUUGAGAGGAUAGUGACGGGUGACACAAGCUAUAAGGCUGGCGGGUCCGCGCGUAUUUUUGGGAGCAAGAGAUCCACAGCGUCACGAGAUAGUUUCCAAGAUAUCACGUUUGGGCCAAGCCCAAGCCCAAGCCCGAGUUCAAUAAGUGGUGUGUCUCCUUACCAUGCACCCGAGUCGCUCAGGAACCUCAAGCCUCACCCCAAGUGGGACGUGUACUCUUUUGGGGUCAUGUUUCUUGAGCUGCUAACGGGGAAGAUUGUGGUUUUGGAUGAUAUGGGCCAAGGGCCCGGGCUUUUGGUGGAGGAUAAUAAUCGGGCCUUGCGCAUGGUUGAUAUGGCUAUACGGGCCGACAUGGAGUGUAGGGAGGAGGCCUUGUUGGCCUACUUCAAGCUAGGGUAUAGUUGUAUGUCUAGCGUUCCGCAAAAAAGGCCUCCAAUGAAGGAGGUGCUACAAGUUCUUGAAAAGAUCUCAUCCUCCUCUUCUUCGUCCUCCUAUUAUUAUAGUGUCUAAACCAUGAUAUGCCACACAUAGGUUUUGUAGAAAGAAAAAAGAAAAAAAGUGUACUUAUGAUUGACUAAUAGGUUUUUGUGAUUGAUUCAAUAGUGUGUGUUGUAAUUGUGCCAGGUCCACUGACGAUCUCUCUGCCAAUUGAUUUGCUAAUUUUCAAGGAAUAGAUUAUAUCUUCAUUUCUUCUUCU